UCAAACUGAGGGCAUGUAUAACAUGAAUUUGUUGGUGAUGUUUGGUAUUGAACCACAAGGUUUCAAUAAUCAUAACUCUUGUUUUCCUUGGAUAUAGCUAAUUCUUAAGUACUUCAUUUUGAUUUGAAACAUUAGAUGGACAAACAAAGUUACCAUUUUGCAGUAAGUGUUUACACAAUCUGGUAAGUAUGAUGCACAAUUUGGUAGAUAUGAUGCAAGCACAAUAUUAAAAAAAAAAAGAAUUUUGAUAUCAGAUAUUCUUACAGACUUUGCUUUAAAGAAUAAUCUUCCCUCCUCUUCUAAUCCCUCCCAAUAAAUCCCAUUUUAUGCAAUUUAUAUCUAUCUACCUAACACUCCAUAUCUUUAAGUUUGCUAAUUGUUUACAACAUGGCAAGCCAAGGGAAAAAAUUGGGCUUCACAAUCUUUAUGUUGAUGCUAAUUUUCUUGGAAUUUGGCUGCAUUAGUGCAGAUGAUCAGUGUGGAAAUUCUCUUGCUGCUGAAAAAGAUGCAGGGAUGUCUGAAUUGGAUGAAAAUGCAUGGACAAUGGUGGAAAAGAAAGCCAACCAAUUCAUAGUGAAUGGUAAACCUUUUUACUUCAAUGGGUUUAACACCUAUUGGCUUAUGGUCUUUGCUGCUGAUCAAUCUACCCGCGGAAAGGUCAGUGAUGUCUUUCAACAAGCUUCUGCUGUUGGGUUAUCAGUCUGUAGGACUUGGGCGUUUAAUGAUGGCCAAUACCGAGCUCUUCAGAAGUCCCCAUCCAUCUAUGAUGAAGAUGUUUUUAAGGGCUUGGAUUUUGUUUUGAGUGAAGCAAAGAAGUAUAAUAUCCGGCUAAUUUUGUCCUUGGUAAACAACUGGAAUGAUUAUGGUGGCAAACCACAGUAUGUUCAAUGGGGAAAAGAUUCUGGCAUGAAUUUAAGCUCUGAGGAUGAUUUCUUUUCUGAUUCUAUUCUCAAGACUUACUACAAAAACCAUAUAAAGACGGUGUUAAAUAGAGUCAAUACCAUUACUAAUGUCACAUACAAGGAUGAUCCAACCAUUUUUGCUUGGGAGCUGAUGAACGAGCCUCGCUGCACUGCGGAUCCUUCCGGUGAUAAACUACAGGCUUGGAUACAAGAGAUGGCUGCUUAUGUGAAGAGCAUUGAUUCAAAACACUUGCUUGAGAUAGGACUGGAAGGAUUUUAUGGUCCCUCAACCCCCGACAGGGCUCAGUUUAAUCCAAAUACAUAUGCAACACAAGUAGGAACUGACUUUGUAAGGAACCAUCAGGUUCCAGGUGUUGAUUUUGCUUCUGUUCACAUUUAUGCAGAUUCUUGGACAUCACCAUCGAUAUCCGAUGCCCAUCUCCAGUUCUAUCAGUCAUGGUUGCAAGCCCACAUAGAAGAUGCAGAAAAAGUACUUGGGAUGCCGGUUGUAUUUGCCGAGUUUGGUGUAUCUGUGAAAGAUCCUGGGUACAACUCUUCUUUUAGGGACACUACUUAUAACACAGUGUACAAAACUUUGGUAAAUUCAGCCAAAACAGGUGGUAGUGGAGCCGGAAGCCUUAUGUGGCAGCUCUUCCCUGAUGGCACAGAGUACAUGAAUGAUGGAUAUGCAAUUGUUCUGUCAAAAUCUCAAUCUAUAUCAGACAUGAUCUCCCUUAACUCCGCAAGGCUUGAGCUCAUUAACUCGGUAUGUGCUUGGAAUUGUCGUUGGGGUUGCAAGAAAAGGCUGCUUACUCUUGAUCAGGCGCUACUCUAACAAUGCUUUCUUUGGUUGGGGCAAGUUGGCCAGGAGGCUGAAAUUAUAAAGAUAAAUAACGGUUUCUUCUUCUAAGUAUUACCAUUAAUGACCAUGAAAGCCAUACAUAAGGCUCAUGUUACUAUAUUGAGUAUAAACAUUACACUUGUAGAUACAUACAUAAUAUUUAAGAGAUUAGUAUCCUGCAAA